CUCUCCUCUCCUCAGCAAAAAGUUUCUCCCAUAUAAUGGAAACCUCCAUCAAGUAGGUCUGUUGUGGAUUAGUUCAUUGGUUUUAUAUUUUUGUUCCCACGCUUGAUUUAGGUGGGAAUGGGCUCCUCAUAAUCGAGAAAGGGAAAAAAUAUUUUGGCUCGACCGUUUUUGGUUUCCAACUAGAAAUCUCUCUCUCUCUCCCUCCCUCCCUGGAUUCGUUCUUUUGUCUUGAGGCUAACAGUGAAGAUUAUAUUUAUAGUUCGAAAGACAGGGCACCGUUUAUUUCGAGCAAAAAGACUAGUACCUUGCCGUUUGAGUUUCAGGGGUUCUUCAUCACAAGAUAGAGUCGAAGAAAUCCAACAGAAGCGCAUUCCACCGGCAUUUGUUAAGUAUAUCACCAAUCUUAGAGACAAAAGAGCUACGCUAAUUAGUCCCCUUGGCAAGUUGUGGAGUGUGAACAUUCACGGCUGCAAGGAAAAGAUGUGCUUCCGAGAAGGAUGGCCAGAAUUUGCACAAGCCCAUGAUUUGAAGCUGGGGUGCUUCAUGGUGUUCAGAUAUGAAGAUGAUAGGACUUUCAGCUUCCAGGUUUUCGACACAAGUGCAUGCCGGAAAGAUUAUAGUCCUGUUGGCGUGCAGAGUGUCGCGCGUAUGGACAUCAGGCAAGAUCUCAACUCCGAGGAUGCUUCCGAAGCAGAUACAAGUCAAGGGCCAAUGACGCAAGGUAGUAGAAAACAGAUCAGAAUGAUGGAUGAAGGAAGACCAUUAACUGAAAGAACGUUCAGCUCUUGCAGUGGAAGAAAAUCUUUUGUGGCCAUCAUAUCAGAUUACAACCUUAAUAGGAAUUACAUGAGUAUUCCAGCCUCAUUCAAAGAAUCCAGUGACAUAAUGACAAAGGAUGAAGUGAUUCUGAAAGAUGGGGAAGGGCGAUCAUGGCAUGUAAGCAUUUGCAAGAGAGGCAAAAAAGGUGCUUUCUUGGCUAAAGGAUGGCGUGACUUUUGUGUUGGCAAUAGAUUGGGAGAAGGCGACAAGUGCAUCUUUGAGCUUGCAUCCAACGAGAAGGACAACAUAAUGCUUGUUCGGAUACUUAAAGAUUCUUGCAACAGGCUCAAUGAGGAGAAAUCGUUUGAGGUCAUUGUAAAAGAUUUUAACCUUACUAAGCCUUAUAUGAGUAUUCCAGCCUCUUUCAGAGCAUCCAAUGACAUAGCAACAAAGCAUCAAGUGAUUCUCAAGGAUGUGGAAGGGCGGUCAUGGCAUGUAAGAGUUUGCAACAAAGGCAAAAGGGGGGUUCACUUGGCAGAAGGAUGGCAAGAAUUUUGUGCUGAUCAUAGAUUGGAGAGAGGCGAUAAGUGCAUCUUUGAGCUUGUGUCCAUGGAGGAUAACACACUGCUUGUUCAGAUAUUCAAACAAAUGACACAGAGUUGCAGCCGCGGCAUGAAUCAGGAGGAGCAUUCUUUUUCGGAUCAUCUUGAUGCAACAAGGAUCCAUUUUCUAAAAACUAUGGAUAGUGAUUUCUCUCAACAGAUGGAAUUACCAGUGACUUCAAGAAGGAGACUGGUGACUGAGAAAGUAGCGUCUUAUCUUGUUAACGAUCCACAACAUAAAGCUUGUGAAUUGUAUCAAUUUGGGAGAGCAAAUAUGGAGUAUUCCUUGAAAAUUUUCCCUGAGACCUUCCCUCUUGAAGGAUACGAUUUUUGUUCUUCAAAAAGACUGCAGGAUGAUAAGCAGCCAGUGCCACAUCUACUGGCAACUCGCAAGUCCCUGCAAGUCAAUGUGAAGAUUGCCGACAACACUCUAAGCAUCAAAUCAGCUCAUUCCAAGAUAAGAAAUAAAGGUGAAAAACUCUCCUCCAAUUCAGUGUGUGCAAAAGAACAAACCAUCAGGUGCAAAAAAGUCAUGAACCAUUGUAUUGAGCAAGAAUUACAACUCACUUCAGCAAUGAGACUGGUGACUAAGGAAAAAAAAGCUCAAGCAUGGCAGAAAGCUGAUGCAAUUCAACCAACCAACCCUUUCUUCAAAAAAGCUAUGCUGCGUGAUGCUGUUAGUGAUAGGUUUCGCAUGUAUAUUCCGAAGCACUUUGCAGCUAAGCAUCUUGGCCAUGAACAACAAACCAUUGUUUGUAGCCUUCCAAAUGGAAAGGAAACAUGGAACGUGAAUUAUAAAGUUUACGACGAAUUCUCACAAUUCUGCGGACAAUGGCAAAAGUUUGCUCAAGAUAAUGGCUUGGAAGAAGGAGAUGUCUGCAUCUUUGAGCUCACUAGGGCCCAUAAAGAUCUAGCCAUGGAUGUUCACAUCUUCCGAGUCCUGGAUAAAAACACUCCGCUCCACAGGGGACGACGACGCCUCCCAAUGAAAAGAGAAGGAAGCUUUCUCAGGAUUGAUGGAUAAAAAACAUGUAUUUGAAUCUAUUUCGCUGGAUCAUUGGUGAUAUGGACAAUCUAAUCAUAUCUGUAGGGGAUCUUCCUAUAAAAAUAAUUGUGGUUAAAAAAAGAUCAUAUGGAUGGUGGUGACAGCAAAUGUAUUGGGCAGUGGAACUAAUGGUGAUAAAAGGUUCUUUUAAGCUUGUCUGAAAUAAUUGUGGUGCUGUAGGAGAAUCUAGAAUAGUUUUAAUUAUGUAUAUCUACCUUGUGCCUAUGACAUGUCUUGUAUUUCAUCUUUUUCAUUAGUACAGUACUCAAGAAUAAUUAUUGCUCAAAAGGAUUAUGCUAUUUGUUCCUAA